AUGGCGCCCAAGAAGCGGCCCGCCGAUUCAGAAGAGGACAGCGACUAUGCGGAGGAUGUGGUGUCCAGCGAGGAGAGCGGCAGCGAUUACGAUGAGGAGGAGGAGAAGCCCAAGCCCAAGCGGAAGGUGGCCCCCAAGGCCCCCCCAAAGAAGACUCCCACGCCAGCCAAGAAGAAGAAAGCGGUGGCCGCGGACGAGGCGGGUGGCAGCGGCAGCAAGCCCACGCCCAAGCGGGGCAAGGCCCCCAAGCCGCCCACCGAGGUGACCACCCUGGACGACGGCUGGACCCUGCACCCGCCCUUCUUCAUCUACAAGCUGAACCCCGCCGCGCAGGGCGGCGAUAAGAUUGCGGCAUUUGACCUUGACGGCACGCUGGUGGGCACCAAGAAUGACUGGAAGUGGUUCAACAAGGCGGUGCCCAGCGUGCUGCAGGAGCUGCACGAGGACGGCUACCAGCUGGUGAUCUUCAGCAACCAGGGCGGCAUCAAGGGCGCGCUGUCGGGCAAGGCCAGCGAGAAUGUGCGGGGGCGGGUGGACAACGUACUGGCGGCGCUGAGCAAGAAGGCCAAGAAGGAGAUACCGGUGCAGGUGUUCAUCGCCACAAAGGACGACGAGCACCGCAAGCCCGGCACCGGCAUGUGGGACUUCUUCGUCCAGCACGCCAACGCGGGGGUGGCCCCGAGCAAGGCCGCCAGCUUCUAUGUGGGCGACGCGGCGGGGCGCCCCACCGACAUCAACAGCGGCGCCAGCUCAGACAAGGACUUUGCGGCGGCCAUCGGCCUCCAGUUCAGCUUGCCUGAGGAUAAGUUCGGGGAGGGGGAGCUCAAGAAGGGCGUCGCGACCGGGGAGAGCAGCGGCAAGAACACCGCCAUGGCCGCGGCCUUUCGCCAGCUGGUCGACCUCUGCAAGGGCGAGCCCUUCAAGGCCGGCGCCUUCAAGAAGGUUGCCGACAUCAUUGACGCACACCCAACGGUCAUCACAUCUGCCAAGGACCUCAGCGCCGUCAAGGGCGUGGGCAAGAGCUCCCUGGCAAAGAUCACUGAGUUCCUUGAGACCGGCACACUUGCAGCUCUUCAGGAGGCUGGCAUAGAGGCGGGGGUGACGCGCCUGGACAAGGCUGCAGAGGUGGGGCUCAAGUUCAUCUGA